AUGGCGUCUCUCUCCUUGUCCAACUUUCUCGCUCGUCCCCCUCCGCCUCGUCCGCCCACCUCUUUCCUUUGUCCGCCUCACUUUGUAUCUCCUUACUACUUUCUUCUCUUGUUCGUUCACUCUCUCUCUCUCUUGUUCCUUCUCUCACGUUCUCUCUCUCUCUCUCUCUCUCUCUCUCUCUCUCUCUCUCUCUCUCUCUCUCUCGCUCUCUCUCUCUCUCUCUCUCUCUCGUUCUCUCUCUCUCUCUCUCUCUCUCUCUCUCUCUCUCUCUCUCUCUCUCUCUCUAUCUCUCUCUCUCUCUCUCUCUCUCCCUCUCUCUCUCUCUCUCUCUCUCUCUCUCUCUCUCGUUCUCUCUCUCUCUCUCUCUCUCGUUCUCUCUCUCUCUCUCUCUCUCUCUCUCUCUCUCUCUCUCUCUCUCCCUCUCUCUCUCUCUCUCUCUCUCUCUCGCUCUCUCUCUCUCUCUCUCUCUCUCUCUCUCUGUGA